CUUGCGACUAUGCGGUCAUCCAAUUCAGUACUUAUUACAUGAAGCUUGCUGUGGUGAUGUUUCUGAAGCAGUUACCAUAAACUUCGCGACAUGAGCGAACUAGAAUUUCGAGACGCCGACGCUAAACGUAUAUUAGCCCUUGCCCCAACCAACAAAUGGGCUAUCUACGCAGCGAAUGCCUUUACGCGGGCGUCAAUAGUCGAGCGGACUCUCUUCCGCUCCGCUGACGAGCCGGCAGUCGCGCGCGGAAUCCUCGACGAGCUCAUUUCCCUCCAAGGUGGCGGAGUGCAGGCGGCGGCUGGCGUGGGCGUGGGGAGCGCGGCAGGAGUUGGCGGCUCCUGUCAUGCAGGCGCGGUGGCCGGACUGGGCGCAGGGAGCACGGCAGCUGACGGCACGACGACUUCCAUGCAAGGCGCGUCAGAGGGGCUGGCUACGGAGCAGAUUGCUGGCCUGAUGUCCGGCCUGGGUGCCGUGCUAACUAGACUCUCCGAGAUGAAAAUGGUCCUCGAGUAUUUCAUACCGUCGACAGUAACGGUCACUCCAUCCCAGUGCUCGUCAGGGAAGCGCAACCAGAUUGAGGGCCUGAUGAGAAUAAAGUAUGACUACCGCCCGGACCUACUCGCGCCAUGCUGCUUCGGCCAUCUGCCAGUCUCGGCCGCAUGCCCGCCUGCGUUUGAGUGGCCCAACCCCAGCAAAGAGGACGCGGAGGAAAACGUCACGAGUGCGCUCGCCUGCUUGGCAAAGUUGGCGCCUGAAGGCGUGGUUGUCCUGCCCGUUCAGGACAUCACGUGGCUACAAGCCGAGGUUGUCAUUGACAAGACCACCAUUGAGAUCUCCUCUGGCAGGACGGACUACAUCUUCGUCACCAAGGCGGCAUGGGCCAGGUGCCAGGAGGAAUACGGCGCGAAGCUCCAAGGGCGCACACUCAAGGUCGACGCUGGCCACACCCCGUCUGAGGCGCUGCACUCUAUGCUCGGUUCAAUCUGCGGCUUGUACGAGGCCAAGUCCCCGGCCAGCAUGCUGCAUGACGGCGUGCCAAAAGUGCGCGCCCAGGCAGUGCUGGAGUACGUGGUGAUCAACCAGAUGGCGGAGUGGCCUGAAGACGACGUGGUCGUGCUGUUUGGCGACCUCAACACGCACUACGCGGUGCACGCUGGCCGCAACGACCCUGACCGCAACGCCAAGAGGUCCUUGCAUGUGGCGGGCCCUGCCCGCCUUCAAGAUGCGGCGGAAGGCUCCCCUGCCACGGCUGCGUACAGCCAUCCGGCCAGCAUAACUGCGGCCUUUCUGACUGCCCUUCUGUGCCCACGCGGGAAUGACGCGACUGAAACGCGCAUGGAAGGGGCCGGGAGCAGCGGGGGAGGAGGGACCGGCGGCAGCGGAGAAGGGGCGGGCGGCAACCAGCAGGGAGGUGACGCCACCUUCCACAGUGGAGGCGCCACCAAUGCGCAUGAUGGAGGCGCCGGCCGCAGCAAGCAAGACGCCAGCGGCAGCGGAGGCGGCCCCACAGGCGGCAACAAGGACGCCCACAGCAGUGCAGGGGCUGCCGACCGGGGUGGUGAAGGGUCCGUUAUCGGUGCGGACAGCUCCGAUGAAGGAGGGGGCUUUGACGGUGAUGAGGGGCUGCGGGAGGCGGCGCAGACAAAUUGGGACGCGCAGGUCUUCAUGUCGCUACUGCGCCUGCCCGAGGUGUACCAGGCGCUGGGGCUGAGCCAGCCGCCCACCUCCUUCCGGCCCCCGACUAAGGAGGAGUUCCUCGCGGGCUUCCGGCCCUGGGAGGAAUAGCAAGGCACUUCGUUACGGCAUGUCUGCUGUAGUAGCUGACAGCGGCAGGGCGGGGCAGCGGCGGUGGGGCUGGGUAGUACGCAGCGGCGCUAACAUCACACGCAGGGCCACGGCGGGGCGGGGGCCGGGCAGGGACGCGGCGGCGAUGGCUAGGGGUUUCAUAGGUGUGGCGGGCGGGUUCCGGCGGCCACAGCUGUGGUGUAGCCUGUGGCAAUCAGCUGCGGGUGGGCGGGCCGCCAGCCAGCCGGAAGGGGCUGUACAUGAUGCGCAAUGAUGCUUGUCUGUUUUCCUUUUUCCUGCGUGCUUGACUUGGAGCGCCUGUAUGCGUGGAGCAAGUGGAGCAGGCUGUGACCGCAUGCCUGGAACCUCGCAUUGGGCUGCAUUGGGACUCGCAGCCGUGCAGGGGGCGGCGGGGGGAUGCCGCGGGGGCUCUUGGAUGUCCUGUUAUGUCGAUUCAAGCGGUUGCCGAUGCGGCCAGGUCUUUAUUUCGUGGAGUUCACCGUCAUAUAGGCAGUUGCGGCGUGCAUGUGCAGUAUCAUAGCUGUUCCGUGUGGCGAUGAAGCUCAGUACCUCGGUGGGAUUUUGUUUGGCUCGUCAGGCGCAACCCAUUGAGUCUGUGUGUGGUUAGUGUGCAGCUGACAGGCCAAGUAAGGGCGUGGGGAGUGUGGCAGGAGCUGGUCAGUCGGUGUUACAACGGCCCAGGGAUCUGCUCAUUUCCUGAUUCAUCCCUGCGACUACUCACAAUGACUGCUGAUUCAUGUUGCAGCAGCUGGGCAGAGGUCGAAUCUGCGUGUUGUUGCUGAUGCCAGCCGUAUGCCAGCGAUCGUGCCGCAUUAACGUAUUGUACGUCAUUGGUGCCUUGGACACGCGUGUGCUGUAGAGAGCGAGAGCGAGGGCGUGGGCUGAGCCGGUGAGGCGGGCGCUGGUGGGACAGGUGCGGGCGCCAGUGGCUGUCACGACCUAGUGUGUGCAGCUUGCUGUUGAUGAUGAAAGCUGUGUUGGCGCGCGAAUGCCAUGCUGACUGCUGACGACUAGUCGUGGGCUAAGGCCUAAGGCGACAGGCAGGAAAGCUAUUCAGCAUGUUACCGUAGUGUUACAAAAGGUUUCGGGAAACUACGGGAGAGGCCCCGAAUCUGUUUCCCGAACCUAUUUAAUAGUUAUUAAUGGCCCUGGCUUCCCGAAAAUAAAUAU